CGAAUCUGGUGGAUGGGUUGCAUUGUCUUCUCUUCGUUAUUUAACAUUCUAAGUUCGUAAUAUUUAAAGGAAGAGAAGUGGAUUUAUUCUUUCCUCAAGUAAUUUAUUCUCCUCGCCAGAAUGGGCGAAUUUACCUCUGAAAGAUUGAAAGUGAUUAUGCUGGGUGCUGGAGGCGUUGGAAAAACUUCCAUAACCGUUCAGUUUACACAAUCCACUUUCCAGACUGUGUACGAUCCUACUAUACUGGAAACUUAUCACAAACGGAUUGUUGUGGAUGGAGUGCCAGUAGCCAUUGACGUGGUGGAUACGGCUGGCCAGGAGGAGUACACCUUAUUGUCGGAUCACACUAUAAGAGGUGGCGAUGCCUAUGUGGUGGUUUUCAGCAUCACCGACGCCGAUUCGCUUGAAGAAGCAAAAUCUAUUAUCAAUCAGGUGAAACGGAUCAAAGAGUUUGAAUCCUUCCCUUGUAUAAUGGCCGCUAAUAAGGCCGAUCUUCAGCACGAAAGAGAAUUAACCAACGAGGAAAUCCUCAACAGCCUUCGGGACUUAGAUGUAGGUUAUUUGGAGACCAGCGCGAAAAACCGGCUUAAUAUUGAGGAGUGUUUUUGUGAGCUCACUAGGCAAGCCCGGAGAGCUCCAAAAAAAAUAGAAAAAGUACCCUCCCAUUGCUGCGUUCUUCUAUGA